AUGUGGCAAAGCCCACCGCAGCAUGGAGUCUGCGGAGAAGAGCCGAAGGGAUUGAAGGACUACGAAGACAUGCUCUUCCUCCAAGGAGCCUCUCAUGACCACCUUAAGGAGCUCAUGCUCUGGGAGGAACAGGUGAGGGGGCGAGGGCCGCAGGCGGACGUCCUGGGCGGGCAGCGUGAGCAGGUCCUCCAUGGCAUGAUGAACCUGGCGGCCCGGAGCCAGAUGAACCAGGAUGGCUGGUCCUGCGCCGUGUCUUUGCUCGACUCCUACUUGGCUUCCUUGGGCGCGGAGGACGUCACGAAGGGCACCCAGAUGCUUCCACUAACCUGCGUCGCAGUGCUCCGAUUGGUCAAGAAGUUCCAUGGGAAUGUGGCGGAGCCGAAAGGUUCCUUCAACAUGUGGCUCAGCAUGGCCAAGCAGGUGCUGCCGAUCCAAGGCAAGUGGAUGGAGUUUUCGGAGACGAUGCUCCGGCAGCAUGAGGUCGACAUCCUGCAGUCUGUGCAAUGGCAGGUCCAGGAGCCGCUGCAGCAGCAGUUCCUAAACAUCUACUGCACGCGCUUGGGGGCCAUGACUUCGCAGCAGUAUGAGCCCCAAAUCGCCUGGGUCAAGCAGAAGUCCAUGUUCUUCGCCCGCCUGCUGCUCUUCGUGGAGUCGGCUUCCGAGAACUCGCCUCAGGAGUUCGCCCUUGGCAUGUUCUGUCUUCACCUGGCGCGGGGGCAGUUGCUCUCACUGCACUCCCUUCGCCCGGACGAGGUCCCGGUCGCCUACUGGACCUCCGCAUUGCAACAGCUCUCCCUGCCUUGCAAUGUCGAAGCAUCUUCCUUCCAGGCACUGCCGCUCGUUGAGGCGGCGACGGCGGCCAGCAGGCGCGAACUAAAAGAGGCCACCCGCCGGGGUGUUGAGAGAUUGCUGGAACUGCGUGUCAAGCACCCAGCGAUGCGUGCAGCGUUGAACUCCGAGUAG